GGGGCACAUUUUUUUAUGAGAAAGGGGUUUUUAGGUACGGACGCUAUCUUCGGAAGCAUUCGAGGGGCCAUUCCACUUUCUACAACACCACCAGCUACAAUAGCCAGACAUGUAAUCAUCCGCUGCCACUGGGUCUCACGUAACAGGCUUAGAGAGGGGAAGUCGUCUUCGUACCACUGCCCUACGGAAUCUAUCGGAAGCCAGCGAGGGCCAGGCUCCGAAAGGCAAAGAAGACGCCAAUUGCUUGUGGUUUUACUUUUCGUGCCUUGCUGACAGGGGGUUUUAGAAUAGAGGGAGGAUACCGGUACCGUACUAGUAUCUACGGAAGGCAGCGAGGGCCAGGCUUCGUGCCUUGCUGCUGUGUGUUGUGGAGGGUAAUCCUCGCUAGAGUUGCCCAUACCUCAGCGACAGCUGUUUGAAGGAGUUUACCUUGAGGGUCACAAGCGAAAUCUCAUCGACCAUUCUUUAAAGUUGGUUCCAUUCGAAGAUUGAAAGCAAGGAUGAACGUAGUGGUGGCGGAGAUAUACCAAGUGCCAAGGGCACCUGAAGAUGAUGUUGAAGGGGAAAAUCGCCCAAAUGAAGAGGCUCCUGUUCCAGAAGGCGAUGAUGGGAAUGAAGAGGUGCAGCCCCAAAACGAAAAUGCUCCUCCCGCGGCAGAAGAUGGUGGGAAUGAAGAAAACCAGCAGCCAUAUCCAUUGCCUCCUCUGGUGGAUCGGUCCAUGGUCCUUACAAAUCAAGAACGUGACUGGGCUCGGGCCAUCAAAACAGCCAUUGAGAGCUGCCCUGAUCUGGACAAACUAUCUGAUUUUGAGUACUGCCAGAUAGCAAUUAUUGAUCAAGGUGAUGUGGGAGCUGCUGUUGACAGAGCCAUAUCUUUACAGGGAUUUCGGCAGGAAUAUGAUAUUCAAAACACUCUGGAAGAUGCAUUAGUAGCUUUGCGCAACCAUGUAUUGUCGAUGCCCCAACUCUUCCUUGAUUUUCUCUGCAACCGAUCUACUGGUGGAUAUGGUGCUGUUAUGGAUAUGAGAUGCUGUGAUCUGCAGACACUGAGAACAGAGAAAGGCUGGAAAACACUUGCUGCAGGCCUCUACUAUAUGUUUCAUGCCAUGGGUCCAGACUUCCACAGUACUCGAACUGGGAUCACAUUUGUGUUCGAGUGUGAUAGAUUGAGUUUGGCCUCUAACUUGGACUUCAAGAUUGCAAAGAAGAUCUGCACAGAAGUCUUCUGUUUGUGCCCCUUUACCGCUGACAAACUGAAGUUCUUCCAUACUGGCCUCUUCUCCAACAUGCUGAUCUCCUCAUGUCGCGCAGUGUUACCCAAGUCAAUUGUUUCCAAAAUCCAAGUUGGUUGUGUGUUCCCUGAUGGUCGCUUGAGCCAAUUUUACAAUACACCUGAUCCACAAACUGCAAUGGAACGAACAAUUGAGAGCAUGCAAAAGAGCGUCCGGAGGCGAUACGCAAUGCAAGCUGUGUUUCAAGCUGGUUGCACCAAUGAUAUCUAAAGAAUUGCUUUGUGCCAUGAUGUAACUUGUAAGGGAGCAUUUUUCAUGGGACAAGCGGAAUUGGAGGUAGCUUUGGCGCAUUUUUUGGUAACAAUUCUGUCUUGCCGCCCUUUUUGCUGCCACCGAUAGAGGAGCUGGGAGCGAGCUCACACCCUUUCAAAUAGUAUUCGUACCGGUAAGGUUACAGCACAACUCUCAGUUAGGAGUAGUACAGUAAUGCAUGCUCACAAGCAUAGGAGGAAGGCCAGUUGGAUUCUCACUUUGAAAUGGUGCUUGGAUAGACUUGACUGCAGCUUUACGACCCCCACAAAAUUAGCCGCCUACAGCGUCCUGAUUCCGAUGGCACAAGUUGUACCACUGUUGAAACAAAGAAGCUACGUGUAGUGCUCAUGUUUAUCGUUGCUACGGAGGCACGCCUUUUUUAUUAAAAACAACUAGCUAGCAAGGUAUGG